CCCACGUGAAACACCCAUGUGAAUACCCGACGCCAGACGGGCGCUCACAUUUCGUGAUCUCUAAUGCAUCAAGGCCAUACAGCCGGACUUUACGAUCGUUAGUAACAUGACUGUGGAGGUCGCAGAAGAGGAGGCACAGAUGGCAUACGAGUCAGAGGAGGAAGAUAGUGAAUUAUCAGACGAAGAGCUUCAAGAAGCCUUCGCGAAAGGGAUACUGAAACCUGGGUUGAACGUCGUGGACGUUGAACCACAACAAUUCAUCAACAAUGUGGAGGGUUUGAAACAAUGCCUUGCUGACUUACGGAAGACCCUUCCAUGGGUAGAGAGGCUGGACCUGACCAACCUGCCAGCUGAAGACAUCGUUGCCAAAGCUGAGGGGAAGCUACCCAGUGCCACAAGUGGAGAAAUCAAUGCAGAGGAUGAUUUCCAGAGGGAGAUGUAUUUCUACAGUCAAGCCCAAGCUACAGUUCUGGGGGCUUUGCCUCGCCUAAAAAAGCUCAACAUAGCCACCAAGAGGCCAGAGGAUUACUUUGCAGAAAUGGCCAAGUCAGACCAGCACAUGCAAAAAAUCAGGCAAAAACUGAUUAAGAAACAGACGGUAAUGGAGAAGAUAGAAAAGGCCAAAAAACUGCGAGAACAGAGGAAGUUUGGCAAAAAGGUCCAAGUAGAGGUUAUCCAGAGGAGACAGAAAGAGAAGAAGGCCAUGAUGACGGCUGUGAAGAAGUACCAGAAAGGGAUGACAGACAAGCUGGAUUUCUUGGAUGGAGACCAGAAAAAUGCUAAAGGAUCUGGUCAGGCACCGAAGAAAGGGAUGAACAAGAAGGGCCCUAAUGCUAAGAGAAAAUACAAGGAUCAGAAGUUUGGCUUUGGUGGUAAGAAAAGUGGGACCAAGUGGAACACCAAGGAGAGCCACAAUGACGUUUCAGGGUUUCGUGCCAAGGUGGCCCAUGGGAAAGGCAAAGGAGGGAAGAAAGGCAAAGGAGCAAAACAGAAUAAGCGCCCAGGCAAGUCUGUACGCAAGAAGAUGAAGGGUCGUUCAUAAAGGAGGACUGGUCAAUGGGCUGCAGUUGGACCUUGUUUCUUUGCAGGAUUAUCCAAACCUGCAUUUAGUCUCCUUUCUAAACCUCAGGAGACACAGGAUGAUGAGUUAUCUCCACAAAUUGUAAUAUGGACCUUACAUAAAGAUUUCUCUGGACUGGUAUGGAAGACUUUGUAUGCCAUUGUCUAGCUUUGCGGUGAUAGUUUUUCAGGCUUGUCACUUAGCAGGGCCCAUUGAUUACAGAUGUAGUUUUGAAGUAGUCACCCCUUGAACCAAUUGCAAAAGUAAAUUGACAACAUGAUGGUUUUGAAAAAUUGGCCCACCUGUAUGUACUUCCUUAAGGGUUGUUAAACGAACAUGAAUACGUUUGCUGAGGGUUAAUGUAUAUUACAUGAGAUUUUUCUGUACAGUGCGACUUUGCUCAUUUGACAGUGUUGGUUUAAAAUUAUUUUCAGUGAGCACAAAAUCCAUCAACCACAGUAUCAUUGGUAACAGUGAGCAAUUUAACUUAGACAGAAAGUGCCCCUGAGUUUGUUGAAAUGUGCACUUGUUUCAAUUCAACUCCCUGACCCUGAUUCUGUCCCACAUGACAUGGCAUUUCAUAAUAUUGAACAGCUGUCAGUUUUGCCCUUUCGCCCUCAUUAAUAUGAUUAGUAUGUGUUGGGACAAGUGUGAGUUGUACAGACCUGGGCAAGUGUUUUUCUUCAUUUGCAAAGAUGGAAAUGGAGAAAGUGGUAUUUUUGUUGAUAUGGCCUGUAUUUUGUUUUUUGAUAAAUCUGAAAAUAUAUGCUGA